UGCCUCCUCCCGGGACCCUAUUACUGAACUGGGGGUGAAGGCCAAAUGGACUGGCCGGAACCGUGGCCCCGCGUGGGCGGCCUGCCGCGCGUGAAUUGGGGCCCCCGCCGUGCCCCCUCUGGGGAGGGAAGGUGCAGCCGUGGGAGCCGCUCUGGCUGCGGGUCCGGGCGUCCGGCCCAGUGAUUAAUGGAUUCCUGAAGUUGACUUGCAGCAACAUAUAGAAUGUUUUCCAUAUGAUACCUAUAAGGAGGUUAUGUCUAGAGAAAAUAUUCCCCCCCUGGCUUCUUCACUCGAGAACUCUCUCAGGAGCUGAGGCCGUGAAUGCUCUGAGACCUUUCUAUUUUGCCGUGCACCCAGAUUUCUUUGGACAGCAUCCCAAAGAGAGGGAAAUCAAUGAAAAUUCUCUUAAGAAAUUAAGUGCCUACUUGGAAAACCUGCAGAAACCAGGCUUCAAGUCUUUGAAACCAACUCAGCUUACUUUUUAUGUGAGAGAAACGGAGCAGACAUCCUCGGAUGGCCAGGAACCGCUGAGUGCACUAGGGUUCCGAGCUGUCACCUUUACUUUGCAAAGCCGAGAUCUACUGAACACCGUCUUAGAUAUCCUGAACUCCUGCAGUUUAUCCACCGAGCAUAUCCAGAGUUUGAGUGCUAAUGUGGCUCCCCAGGCACCGGCGGGGGCCAAAAGGGCAUUUGACAGACCGAUCAAAUGGGACAAGACUUACUACUCCUUCACUGGAUUCAAGGACCCUGAAGAAGAACUGGAAAAAGUCCGAAGAAUGGAAACUUCUCUCAUGUCCUGGUUAGAUAGUAAUGAAAAAAGUGCCAUUAAAAAGCUGACCAGUAGUUUGCCACUGAGAGAGGAACUAGACCGUUUAAAAGAUGAACUGUCUCAUCAGCUCCUGCUCUCGGAUAUCAGGUGGCAGAGGAGCUGGGGCAUAGCUCACCGCUGUAGCCAGCUGCAUAGCCUAGGCCGCUUAGCUCAGCAAAGCCCAGAAGUCCUUCAGAACGCCAAAGGUUGUACAAUAGUGUUCACAGACCGGUCAGGCAUGAGUGCCUUGGGCCAUGUCAUGCUAGGAACCAUGGAUGUUCAUCACCACUGGACAAAAAUCUUUGAAAGGCUGCCAAGUUACUUUGCCCUCCAGAGGAAGCUGGUGCUUCUAGAAGACCGGAUCAGCUACCUGCUGGGCGGCAUCCAGGUGGUCUACCUGGAGGAGCUGCAGCCAGCGCUGACCAUCGAAGAGUACUAUGCUCUCCUGGAUGGCUUCUGUCACCGGCUUCUGAAGAGCAGGCUCCCCUUCCACCCUCGCAGCCUCCGGGGCCUGCAGAUGAUCCUGGACAGCGACAGAUACGCUCCCAGCCUGCAUGAGCUCGGGCACUUCAACAUCCCAACGCUGUGUGACCCCGUCUCCCUCCAGUGGUUUAUUUUCAACAAAGCAGCCCAAGCCCGGGAAAACAUGAAAAGAAAAGACGAGUUAAAGGUGAUGGAAAACGAAUUGGUCCAUGAGUCAAUUAAGAAAUUUUCUCUGAAGAAGCUAUACAAAGAGCCCAGUGUUUCGAGCACACAAAUGAUCGACUGCUGUAAGAGACUGCUCGAACAGUCCCUGCCGCAUCUGCAAGGGAUGCGCGUCUGCGUGUCGCAUUUCUAUUCUGUCAUGCAAGAUGGGGACCUGUGUAUUCCCUGGAACUGGAAGAGCUGAGGAACUGCCUCGCGAGGCGGAAACCUGUGCACAUUGAUUUGAGACUUAACUUAUUCCAAACCACGUUUUGAUAGGACAGUAUUGCUCCACCUCGGGCCAGAGGGCGACUCUCAUCACUGGUUGGCAGGUAGAACUUCUGCUGGCCGUGGUGAAGAGUUUGUUGGUGUGUUUCCUGUGCUCAUCCCUCACCUUCCAUGGUUUCCAAAACCAUGUACAUAAACGUCUGACUCGGACGUAUGGAAUGAGAGAGGCCAUUUAUAUUUUUAAUAGUGGGCAAAAGACACUUUGAAAUGAAGCAAGAAUUCUACAAAAGAAAAAUGAUCUAUUUUUAUAUGCACGGCUGUUGGGGUGGGGCCUCUAACAAAGGGGUGAGGGCCCAAGAAAGGAAGGCAGAUAAUGAGGUGUGGAGAGAAGACCCCUUCCUGCAAGCACCUGGUACUGUGCCCUGUACACAACAGGUGCUUAAUCAAUGCUUACUGAAGUCACAUUACUCUCCUUUCAUUGUUGUGAAACCUCACACCUAAGGCAGAGAGCCGGUAUUAUCCAAAGAGGGUGAUUUCUGGGAAGCAGAAAUUAAUGAUCCGUUUCAGUUCAGAAAAAAGAGAUGAGAAUGAUGAGAAUGUGCAUAUAUAAUAUCUGAUGUCCCUUUGACUUCUUUCUGAGCUGUUUGGGGCCGAUCUGUUUGUCACCGUAUGAUCGGCUCUUUCGCUGGAGAGUUUGGCUUUCAGAUUAUUGCUCCCCUAACCGAUGGUGUCCUGGUGGCCACUCGGAGCAUUCUGUGAUUCCAAAUCUCUUUCCCGGCUGCACAGGAGUCCAGGGGAACAGUUUCCUUCCUGGGAAAUUGUUCUCAGGAAGACUCUGGCCACAGGCCUACAAGGGGCUGGUUGCCCCAAACCUCAGAGCAGGGUCAGGGUCAAGGGGCUCUUGAAUCCAAGUCCCGGUGGGCCCGGGCCAGGCCUUCCCAGCCCAGGUCUCCCCAUCUCUGUGCAGAUGUCAGACACUUGGCUGAUGCUGUCGCAGCCACCUUUGGGUUCCUGCUGCUCUCCCAUUUGGGGUUUCUCCUCAGGUCACUAAUCCCACGCCCCCUCCCAAGUAGCUGGUAACAUAACCAGGGACUGCUCUUCCUGCAGUCUAGGACGGCCUCUUCGUGUGUCACUCAGCUCCUCCCUUCCCAGGGCCUCUCCCUAGAAUAGAGAGAGCCAGGCUCUUCUCUGUGGCUGAUCACCAUCCACAGAUGCUCCCUAACAGGGAGGGCAGGUAACAGUCUGGCUCUGAUUCCCUGGGCACUGCCGGGGCAUCACUGAAGAUGCCUGUUUUCAAUGUGUGCUGCUAAACUGAGGACGUUGGAAGAGAUUGGGUCAAAUUUAAGUUCAUCUGAAAACUAGGUUCAAAAAAAGUAAUUGUGGAUUUAAAGAAAGUGUUAAUUUGUACCGUUAGUGUUUGUAGAUGCAAACAUUGUCCUUUGUACCUCUGCAUAAAUCUGUUACUAAAAAAUCUUCUGUCUUUUAGAAUGAAUGUGCUGCCUCAGAACAUUUGACCAAACCUGCAGAUAACCCAAAAACUGCCAUCUUAUCAGUAAUUUUUAAAUGAAAAAAGUUAGAAUUAGACUAUCCCCUUUGUAAGAUUGAACUAAAAUGUAAUUUCCAGUAGUAUGUUUUGAACUGGAUUUUGCCUCUAAGAACUAAUGAAUUGUUAUACAAUAAAUAUAAUCUGUAUUAACCCCA